UACACAGUUGCUCAUUUAAAUACUUAUAAUAGACACGUAUAAUUUUUACAAGCUAAGCUUUUGAAAAUUCACAAGCCGCCUUGCAAAAAUUGCAGUCCAGGCCAAGGGAUUACCGUGGAAAACGCUCCUUCGGCCUUCUGAAUAAGGCAUAGACUUUUCACAGAGUCCCUAACAGCGUAGCUAGAAGGUUUCUGGGAAAUGUAGUCCCAAAGGCUACCUUAGGGCCCCACAGAGGACUCUGGGAACGCCGAGCAGCCUUCAUCUCUGCGCAUGUGCAGUGGUGCAAGCGCGCCAGUGGCCGCCCUUCCCCCACAUGCUACCGCUAGUCGGUGACAGGGACCCCUUCUCUGCUCUUCUCCGCCGCCCCGCGCCGUGACCUGGCCUGGCACGGCGCCACGAGUGGAGGUUGUGCCCUUGAAGUUCUGCCUUUAUAGUUCUCUGCCUCUACUAAAAAACUGCAGAAAAUGAACAAAUCCCAGGUGUCAGUUUCAUUCACGGAUGUGACUGUGGACUUCACCCAGGAAGAGUGGGAGCAGCUGGACCCUUCUCAGAGGAUUUUAUACAUGGAUGUGAUGCUGGAGAAUUAUAGCAACUUACUUUCAGUGGAAGUGUGGAAGGCUGAUGACCAAAUGGAAAGGGAGCACAGAAAUCCAGAUGAACAGGCAAGGCAGUUUAUGAUCCUCAAGAACCAAACUGCACUUGAGGAAAGAGGUAAUCUCUUUGGAAGAACGUUUACUCUGAACACAGACUUUGUUUCUUUAAGACAAGUGCCCUAUAAAUAUGAUUUAUAUGAAAAAACUUUGAAAUAUAAUUCAGACAUACUUCAUAAUAAUAGAAGCUAUCCAAGAAAAAAAGGUGAUGAGUGCACCGGAUUUGGAAAACCACUUCUGUAUCUCAAGCAAGAAAAAACCCAUCCUGGAGCAGAAUAUUCUGAGUAUAAUGAAAGUGGGAAAGCUCUUGGUCAUAAAGAAGUCAUUUUUAGACAUCAGAAAAUUAAGAACUUGGUUCAACCUUUUAUUUGUAAUUACUGUGAUAAGGCCUUCCCCUUUAAGUCACUCCUCAUUAGUCAUAAGAGAAUACACACUGGAGAAAAACCCUAUGAAUGUAAUGUAUGUAAGAAAACUUUCUCCCAUAAGGCAAACCUCAUCAAACAUCAAAGAAUUCACACUGGUGAAAAACCUUUUGAAUGUCCUGAGUGUGGAAAAGCUUUCACCCACCAGUCAAACCUUAUUGUACACCAGAGAGCACACAUGGAGAAGAAGCCUUAUGAGUGCAGUGACUGUGGAAAGACAUUUGCUCAGAAGUUUGAACUCACCACACACCAGAGAAUUCAUACUGGAGAACGACCUUAUGAGUGUAAUGAAUGUGCAAAAACCUUCUUUAAGAAAUCAAACCUCAUUAUACAUCAGAAAAUUCACACAGGGGAGAAACGCUAUGAAUGUAGUGAAUGUGGAAAAUCUUUUAUCCAGAACUCACAGCUCAUCAUACACAUGAGAACUCAUACAGGAGAGAAACCCUAUGAAUGUACUGAGUGUGGCAAAACUUUUAGCCAGAGGUCAACACUUAGAUUACAUUUGAGAAUCCAUACUGGAGAGAAACCAUAUGAGUGUACUGAAUGUGGAAAGGCCUUCAGCAGAAAGUCUCGACUCAGUGUCCAUCAGAGAGUUCACAUUGGGGAUAGGCCCUGAGACUGCUGUGUUGUGCUACUAUGAAAACUCUUCAGAAUUCCUCCAGUGAAGAAAAACAAGCAUUGAAAUUUGUACCAGAAUACAAACUUGCCAGUCAAAAGUGU